AAUAACAGCAGCACGUAAGAAUCAAGACAGCUCUGCAUCCGGAAGAAUCAACACAGCUCCACAUAGCACGUCACGUCUGGAAGAAUCAAGACAAGCUCUGCAUCCGGCCCGGGAGAAUCAAGGCGGCUCCACAUAGAGUCAGACCCAUCCAAUCCAGUCAGUACAGCCAUGGUGUUCAAAUGCGACCAGUGUAGGAAAGAGUUCAAACAUAGGCAGUCUUUUAACCGACACAAGAAAGUGGCACAUACCGCGUCACCCUCCCACCUCUGCGAGACUUGUGACCAAAACUUCACCCGUCUCCCCGACUUGAAACGACACCAACAGCAGAAGCAUGCAUCUACCGCACCCCAGCAUGAAUGCGAUUUUUGCAAGAGAAAGUUUGCCAGGGCGGACAAGUUGCGAGAACACAAGCGAAUACACGGGAAACAUCCGACGAAUCUGAUAUCCAACACGUUUAACACGUUUGGAGAACUGCAGCAGCACGAUAACGAGAUGUGCCCCGAAAACGCACCGUCCACCUCCCGAGGACACAAAAGAAGACUUUCGGCUAACGCCGACGAGGUCUCAUCAAAACGACCCAGAAACGUGCAGCCCUUGCCAACAAACGAAUCGUUUCCCGUGCAGGAAGACCCCCUUGACAAACCACAGGACUUGGGUUUAGAUCCAGCAGUGGAACAGAUAUACAGGCAGAAAUGGUCAAAAAUCCGUACACACUUCGAAAGAAAAGCGGUCUAUGCCAGAUAUAAUUUUCGAUUGAACUCCAUCAACGUGGACGACAUGACAGACAAAGUGUGGGCGAUCUUUCGAGACCAAAAGACGGCAUUCAAAAUCAACCUGUCGUACGGAUUUGUCCUCCGUAACAACGAAGGUGAACUGCGUUAUUACUACCCCUGCGAGAACAAUCACACCUUCCUGGAGAAACCGGUGAUAGUCGACGACGAGGAAAACCUGCAAAAAUUCCUGGACCAAAUAGCCGACAAGGACGUCCUCGAGGAUUGCCGACAGCAUCGUCCAGACUCCAAAUGGAUCGUGCACGACAUUCCACAUGUAGAGUUUUAUGUCAGCAAACUGGGAAACCAUCCCAUCGGUGCGCCCAUGAACCUCCCCGCGUACCUCGUCAAUAACAAAGCCAUCGUUACCCUUCAAAGCGGCACGAACGGACCCUUUGACGACGACCUGUGCUUCUUCCGCUGUCUUGCAGCACACAACGGUAAGAAUCCGAAGCAACUAGAGAGGCCAACCAAGAUUCUCUUGAAACAGUACAUGGAAGCCCGGGACAUGGCCGAGAAAGAUUUCUGCGGGGUAUCACUAGAAGACUUGGCCGACAUAGAGAAACUCUUUCAAGUCAACGUCUACGUCUACUCGCUUCGACCCAAUGACGAAGAAGACGAGAAAAACGACACACCUUUUGCGGAACUGGUCAGGCGACCUCUCACCCGCUACAAGAACACAAUGUACCUGAACCUAUACGAGGACCACUUCAGCUACAUUAGGGACUUUAAGAAGUGA